AAAAAGUAUCAGAUUUUUCGCGCCAAAGGGCAGAGUAGGAAAAGUGAAAGGACUUUUUUCACGCGCGCAGAAGUCAACGUAGGUCCGUAACGAGUGCUCGGCUCAUCGGGAUGGCGGCCCCCGCGGUAGCGACGCUGGAGGAUGCAGAGUUGCGGGAAGCUCAACGCGAGUACUUGGAUUUUUUGGACGAUGAGGAGGAUCAGGGUGUUUACCAGACUAAAGUACGGGACAUGAUUAGUGACAACCAGUACCGCCUGAUUGUGAAUAUUAAUGAUCUCCGAAGGAAGAACGAAAAAAGAGCCAGCCGUCUGCUGAACAGUGCCUUUGAGGAGAUGGUUGCCUUCCAGCGCGCUCUGAAGGAUUUCGUUGCUUCCGUUGAUGCCACAUAUUCCAAGCAAUAUGAAGAUUUUUACAUUGGGCUUGAGGGCAGCUUUGGAUCGAAACAUGUGACACCCCGGACAUUAACUUCUCGCUUCCUCAGCUGCAUUGUCUGUGUAGAAGGCAUCGUUACAAAAUGCUCUUUGGUGCGCCCAAAGAUAGUCCGCAGUGUGCACUAUUGCCCUGCCACCAAGAAGACCAUUGAGCGCCGCUAUACAGAUAUGACAUCCCUGGAAGCAUUUCCGUCUACAGUUGUUUACCCCACCAAGGAUGAAGAGAACAACCCUCUUGAGACAGAAUUUGGUCUUUCUACAUACAAAGACCAUCAAACCAUCACAAUUCAGGAAAUGCCAGAGAAAGCACCAGCUGGACAGCUGCCACGUUCUGUGGACAUCAUUUUAGAUGAUGACCUAGUGGACAAGGUGAAGCCUGGGGACAGAGUGCAAGUCAUUGGAACAUUCCGUUGCCUGCCAGGAAAGAAAGGUGGCUACACGUCGGGGACAUUUAGGACCAUUCUGAUUGCUUGCCAAGUAAAGCACAUGAACAAGGAAGUUCGUCCUGAAUAUUCAUCAAGCGAUGUUAACAAGAUAAAAAAAUUCAGCAAAAAUCAUUCGAAGGAUGUUUUUGAUCAGCUUGCAAGGUCUUUGGCCCCCAGUAUCCAUGGUCAUGAGUACAUCAAGAAGGCCAUUCUGUGCAUGCUACUGGGAGGAGUGGAGAAGGUGCUGGAGAAUAAAAGUCGGCUCAGAGGGGACAUCAACAUCCUGCUAAUCGGUGAUCCUUCUGUUGCAAAGUCUCAGUUGCUACGUUAUGUGUUGUGCACAGCUCCCCGGGCCAUUGCCACUACUGGCAGGGGCUCUUCUGGAGUUGGUCUGACGGCUGCUGUCACCACAGAUCAGGAAACAGGAGAGCGCUGCCUGGAGGCAGGUGCCAUGGUCUUAGCGGACCGAGGCGUGGUGUGCAUUGAUGAAUUUGAUAAGAUGUCUGAUAUUGACCGCACAGCUAUCCAUGAGGUGAUGGAGCAAGGUCGUGUGACCAUUGCCAAAGCAGGCAUUCAGGCUCAGCUCAAUGCCCGCUGCAGUGUCCUGGCAGCUGCCAAUCCAGUGUAUGGAAGGUAUGACCAGUACAAAACCCCCAUGGAGAACAUUGGCCUUCAGGACUCUUUGCUGUCCAGAUUUGAUUUGCUCUUUAUUGUCCUGGAUCAAAUGGACCCAGAACAAGAUCGGGAGAUCUCUGACCAUGUCCUACGAAUGCAUCGUUACCGAGCAUCUGGUGAACAGGAUGGGGAUGCCAUGCCUUUGGGCAGCACAGUCGAACUACUGGCCACAGACGACCCUGCCUUUACUGCAGAGGAGGAGAAGGAGCUUCAGGUGUAUGAGAAACAUGAUAGUUUACUGCAUGGGCCUAAGAGACAGAGAGAGAAGAUUGUAAGUGUGGAGUUCAUGAGGAAGUACAUCCAUUUUGCCAAAAUGCUCGAGCCUGUCUUGACGGAGGAAGCAGCAGGUUUCAUAGCGCAGGAAUAUUCCUCUCUGCGCAGUCAGGAUCAGAUGAGCUCAGACAUUGCAAGGACUUCGCCUAUCACAGCCCGAACACUGGAGACAUUGAUCCGACUCUCCACUGCACAUGCUAAAGCCAGGAUGAGUAAAACCAUUGAAGUACAGGAUGCAAAAGUUGCUUUAGAGCUGGUGCAGUUUGCCUAUUUCAAAAAGGUUCUGGAAAAAGAAAAGAAACGGAAGAAGCAGGAAGAAGAUGAUAGUGACCUGGAAACAGAUGGUGAGCCGGCCCAAGAAAGUGAAGAGAGACAGAAAAAGAGAAGGAAGACACAGUCUAGUGAUCAGGAGCCCAUGGAAGGAGAGACCUAUGAUCCCUAUGCCUUCAGUGACACUGAACAAGAAAUGCCAGAAGUCCAGGCACAUGUGCCCAGGAGUCCUGAACCUUCAGGCACCAUGGAGGCCAAAUCAAAACUAGCCGAGUCCAGGCUUAAAGCUUUCAAGGCUGCUCUUCUGGCGGUAUUCAGAGCUGCUCAUGCACAGUCUGUGGGACUGAAGAGUUUGAUGGAAUCCAUCAACCGGGACAACCCAACCCCUUUUUCAUCUGCUGAAGUCAAGGCAGCAUUGGACACAAUGCAAGAUGACAACCAGAUCAUGAUGUCAGAUGACAUAAUUUUCCUUAUUUGACCUGAUACCUAGUAAGAAAUAGUUUCUUUUGGCUAAGUGUACUAUCUAGACAACCUGGCUUGGGUGAUUUGAGCUGUCUAGCCCUGAAGAACUUUGAUUUCAGCUAGGGGCCAAUAAUACAAGGAACCUGGCCUUUGUUUAGAAUAUACGCACGGGUGUUUUACCUUGCCUUUUCUUAUUUCAAAGAAGAAAACUUUACUUCCAAACUACUAAAAGACCUCACCUACUUGUACUUUGUAAGAAGCUUUAAUCGGCAUGUCCUAAAUAAAUCAGUAUUGGGGCACUGGAAGAAACAUAAAUGAAGAGCUCCUGCAAUUAAAAUGUGUUAGAGGAUGACAUAGCACACUGGACAACUCUAGACUUUUGGAUUUGCCCCUUCAACUCCCUUCUGAAUUAAAGUCUACCUGUAAUUUUACCUGAUAUGAACUCUGACCAACCCCAGUGUUAUCACAAGUGUUAAUGAUGCUAUUAAAAUGCAUUUACAGUCAAA